UUUGUCGUUCAUUCAGAGAAUAUCUGAGAAUAUCAGUCAUCCAGCUAAAAAAAAUCCCAUUAGGAUAGACUUAAUUAUACUUCUUUCAUGGCUCGCGCACUAUUACUACUCACACAAAACAAGUUCACUAGCCUAUCUCAAGUAGGUUUUGCCACAGGAACGUUGCUCCUGUGUGCACUGGCGCUCUUCAUGUGCGCCAGCCAUUCGAGGAAAUGGAGGCGAAAGUUGAGAGUAUGUUAUGGCUAUGGUGAUCGCCAUGACCCUAUUAUUCAGCUCAAUCAUGAAGAGAUUAAUGAGAAUUACCAUUUUGAAGGUGUUGAUCCAAGCACAUGCAGUGGUGAAGUUGCAAUAUGGAAGAAGAAUAUAAUCAUGGGAGGAAAAUGUCAGCUUCCUGAAUUUUCUGGUGUCAUAAUAUAUGAUACUGCUGGGAAUUUAGUUGAUCCCAAAACUCCACGACCUCUUGCUCUUACAUGGAAAGAAUAGUGUUGUUUACUUCUGUUAAUUGUUCUUAUAAUAUAUUGAAAACCAAGUGAGCAAUUAAUAAUGAUACAUUCUAUCAAUGUUUUUGGUUUUU